AGCAGUGUUCUACUCAACCACACAAGUGCAAUUUGAACUUGACCUAGCUACUUCUCAUUAAGUGCUAGUACUAGUGAAUUUGAACAAUGGCUUUCCAUUCGCGUUAUAACGUAUUUUGCUUCUCUAUUUUGUUUUCUCUACUUGCUGUAGCCUCUGCUCAGCUAUCUUCAGGUUUCUAUGGAAAAACAUGCCCCAAUGCCCUCUCCACCAUAAAAUCUGCAGUAAAAAGUGCAGUUGCCAAUGAGCAUCGCAUGGGAGCCUCCUUGCUCCGUCUUCAUUUCCAUGAUUGCUUUGUUAAUGGAUGUGAUGCAUCAGUUCUAUUGGAUGACACAUCGAGCUUCACGGGAGAGAAGUCAGCUGGUGCAAAUGUGAAUUCUUUGAGGGGUUUUGAUGUAAUUGACGACAUCAAAAGUCAGUUGGAGACUGCUUGCCCUGGAACUGUUUCCUGUGCUGAUAUCUUAGCUGUUGCUGCUCGAGAUUCUGUCGUGGCAUUGGGUGGUCCAUCAUGGACUGUUGGCUUAGGCAGAAGAGAUUCAACCACUGCAAGUAAAGAUGCUGCCACUAAUGAUAUCCCAUCACCUCUAAUGGAUCUGAGUGAUCUCAUAACAUCUUUUUCAAAUAAGGGGUUUACCGCCCAAGAGAUGGUAGUCCUCUCAGGAGCACAUACAACAGGGCAAGCCAAAUGCCAGUUCUUCCGGGGUAGAAUUUACAAUGAAACAAACAUUGAUUCAGAUUUUGCGACAUCAGUGAAGUCAAACUGUCCAAGCACUGAUGGUGACAGCAACCUCUCCCCACUUGAUGUCACCACCAAUGUGUUAUUUGACAAUGCUUAUUUCAAGAAUCUAGUGAACAAUAAAGGGCUUCUGCAUUCUGAUCAGCAACUCUUCAGUGGUGGUUCCACAGAUUCUCAGGUCACUACCUAUAGCACCAGUUCUUCAACUUUCUAUGCAGACUUUGCUAGUGCCAUGGUCAAAAUGGGAAACCUUAGCCCUUUAACAGGGAGCAGUGGCCAAAUUCGUACUAACUGCCGUUCAGUGAACUGAAAACGGAGAAAAGUCAAUGAGAAUUGGUUGAGCAAAGCUGAUUAAAGCAUGCUCAUCCAGUCUCAAUCUUUAUGUGUUAUGUUUUUUCUUGAUGUGUCUUGUCUUGACCUAAGUCAUAAUGAUCGAAGAAUUUGAAUUGUAAGGUGUGGUAGUCGGUUAACUCUUGUAGUUUUCACUAAAUUUUAUCAAUUGGGUACUUUGAAUAAAGAGUGAUAUUAUUCGUCCAUAAAACGAGCAGAGAGAAGUGCUUCUAUGGUCCAUUUUAAUUCUUGGUGUAAAUGUAGCAUGUUUCAUCAUUAUAAUCCAAUGUGAUAAAUGUAGCGUGUUUCAUCA